UCUUUUCAUCGAGUAUUUACACAGAUUUGAUUGACAACUCGUGGAACGCUCAUCCCACACAAAAGUUAUUACAUUAGGCCGACAGCGCAAACAAAACUCCCCUUGUGUAGCGUGUUCAAACUACUUGGUUGUCACGCGAACAAAAGGGACUGAGUGUAGGACCAAUUGCGUCUACAUAGACUGUUCAGUUAAGUGUCAGCCUCGAAAAUUAAUUUAACGUUGACAUGUGACGCAAAUUAAGUGCAAAAUCUUCACGAUUUACAGGACUACAUUGACAAAGGAGUAGUCAACAUGGCCAACAACAACACCAGAGAUUCCGCGGCCAAUGUAUCUCAUUCUGGUAAUGAAAUAGAUCCGGCAUGGAUUGGAAUUCUGGAAGCAACAAUCUUGUUCCUUGUCAUGUUGGUCGCAAUCAUUGGAAAUUUUCUAGUUAUCGCGGUGGUGUAUCGCCGACGCGAGCUUCGUCGCACAGAAACUCACAUUUUCAUCGUCAAUUUAAGCUUGACGGAUAUUUUCGUGGCGCUCUUGUGCAUGCCGUUCUCUAUGAUAACAGCUGUGACUCAAGAGUGGAUUUUUAGCAAUGCGCUGUGCCAGUUAAACGGUUUUCUAAACGUGUUCUUUUUGCUGACGUCCAUUUUGACACUGACUGCAAUUAGCAUCCACAAGUACAUCGGGGUUGUGCAGCCCACGAAGCGGAAAAUAUUCACUAGAAAGAGGACGAUCAUGGCAGUCGCCUGGGUUUGGGUGCAGGCGCUAAUGACGGCGUUGACACCGAUUCUGGGCUGGAAUGAGUACGAGCACAUUCCGGGCCGUACGCAGUGUUCUGUCAAAGUCCCCCGUAAUAGCGAGGUCAGCGAGUUAACAAACUGCCUGUUUAUCAUAAUUUGCGGCUUUGUGAUUCCGCUUGGAAUAAUGAACUUCUCGUACUUAAAGAUUUUCCGUACUGUGAAGAUUCACACCAAACGCGUCAAAAGCCACUCCUUCAGCGACGACCAAAAAUCGGCUUUCUUGAACGAGAGAAGGAUCACCGUAACUCUUUUCAUAAUCCUGGCGGCUUUCUUGGCCUGCUGGAGUCCGUUUUCUGUUCUCACGAUUUACGCAACCCUUGCAGGACAUGAAUUGUCCAAGCACUUUUCCGUUGUGGCCUACUGGCUGGGUUUCUUAAACUCCGCCAUGAAUCCCUUGAUCUACGCGCUGCGAACCAAGGAAUUUCGUCAGGGCUAUCGCCAAAUUUUUGGUAUACUGCUUCCUCGCUGUUUCCCGAGGGUUGAUAUGAGUGAGAACGAUUCUCAUAUAGCGGUUCUUCGAGGACGAAAAAGCCUGAAAAGCGAAGUGGUGACAUUCAGCAAGAGACGCCGAGCGGGCACGGAAAUUGAAAGCCACGUCAGUGAGGCUAAAAAUUUGGAACGAAAUGGAACAAGUAAAGCGCAGAGACGAAAAGAGACAGCUUCAGAAGCACGGGAUGAAAGCGACGUUGGAAGAUUCGAAACAGCAAGCGGAAUUUCUGUUAGAAGUAACGAAGUGAGUGGAAUUCCCGACAGCUACUAUUCUGCUGAGGAAACGAACGAAGGUUUGGACAACAGUAUUGAAAUUCAAGAUGAGAUGUUUGGCCACGGCGAAGGAAAAGAAGAGGAAGAUGCGCAUUCAAGUGGUAGCGAUUUGUCGUUGUCUCCAACGAGAGAAAGCUUCUUAUUACCUUGGAAUUCAACAGAUUUUCCGGGUGAACAGAACUUCCCGAAGAGUUUCGAGGAUGGCGCAAAAUCUAGAAGAAAAAGUUUGUCAUUUCUGUCGAUGCUUAGCGAAAAACACGAACUAAAAUGCCGAACACGGUGUCGAUCAAAGAGUGACUGCAGUACGCUCGUCCAUAUGCCUGCUGGAAGUAGAUCUGGCUGUUCGUUUCCUGAUGUUGACUUUGCAAAGGAGCAGUCGAAUCCUUGGCUACGGGAAAAUUUGUCAUAUUUGAACAGAAUUUCGCCCAUAGAUCUAGAAAUUCUUGAGAACAAUUAUUAAUCGGGUCGGCUUAACAUAAAAACCACAAAUAAUUUUUUUUUUAUGGGCGAGGGACAAAUUUAGACCAAAUUGUUAUUCGUCCUUUGUCGCAAAAAUAAUCUUAUUCAAAAGGUUGCAAAAAAUCGUAUCAAUUGUAUCAGUAUAAAUUUGAAUAUUGCUGGCUUUACUGACCGCGUGGCAUUCUCAAAGAGGAUAAUUUGUAAUCUUUAUUCAAAACGGAGGAGAGAGACAAAUUGCUCAUUUUUUUCUAAUUUUAAACUAAACGUUAAGCAUUUUCACUAUAAAAGACUUCAUAUGACGUAGAGCUUUGAAAAACCCUCUAAAAGAGGACGUAGAUAAACAUAUUUUUACUGUUCCAAUAGUGAUACUCGCCUUCCAUUGUAUUAAGACGUAAUUUGCAAUGGAUGGCCCAUGAAUAGUUGUUUGCUGCCGUGUACGUCAAGUUAUCGCCUGUAAUUCCGUAACCUUGACAACAGCGGUCAUGUUAUUUGUUUCGAAACGAGGCCCGAUGAAAGAACUUCACAGGGAAAAGUGGGUUUCAAGCAAAUGCUUAUUGUCAUGAAUGUGUAGCCAAUUCUGGAAGAUCGGAACGGCUACAAUAAUGCGAGGUGGACUAGAGUCCGUUCGAGCUUUGAGCGGAACAAAGGCCUGAUGUUUUUUUUCUUACCCUGUAUAAAUAAAGUUAUCUAUUCUAUUCCAUUCUUCAAUUAGCUGUUCCAAAUCAAACUCAUUUUCAUGUCUCGUCUCGAAAACACAGACAAAAAGCAAACUCUGAAAUUGCGAAAUGACUUUCCUCGUUUUAAGAGUAAAUAAGUUGAACGGAAUCAACAGCAUAUCUAUGCUCUCUUAUUGACGUGUUGAUUUAGGUUAUCCAAAUACAAAUGCAAUUUAAAUGCAGAAAUACAACUAAUUAAACAAGUCAAAUAAAAGAGUUCUUUAUUAUCA